UGACAACAGUCAACAACGAGUACUGACACGUCACGUCACUCAAAUACAUUGAAUUUGAAAUAAAAUAUUUAAAAACAAAGGUUCAAUUCAAUAUUUUGGCAAAAAGACUUUUUAAAAUUUACUUUAGUUGUAAGCGAAUGAAAAUUAAUUAUAUGACUUCUUCUUAGUAAAGCAAAAAAUGGACGAGAGUAAUAUUCCCAUAGAUAUCAAUAUAGGCAAGCUGCAGGACUGGCUGAUCAGUCGCCGCCACGUCAACAAGGAAUGGCAGAAGAGUGUAUUAGCAGUGCGAGAGAAGAUCAACAAUGCCAUUCAGGACAUGCCGGUGCAUGAAGACAUAGCAGCCCUGCUCUCAGGCAGCUACAUAAACUACUUCCACUGUCUCAAAAUCAUUGAAAUCCUCAAAGAAACCGAAGCAGACACUAAGAACUUAUUUGGAAGGUACGGCUCACAGAGGAUGAAGGACUGGCAGGACAUAGUGAGAAGCUAUGAGAAGGACAACCUGUAUUUAGCAGAGGCAGCGCAGAUAUUUGUCAGAAAUAUCACUUAUGAAAUACCAGGACUGAAGAAACAGAUCGCUAAAGAGGAGCAGAUGCAAACUGAAUGUGAGAAGAAACGCUUGGAUUAUUUAAAAAAUGAGGCAUCUAGUAAAUCAGAGUUUCUGACUCUGUGCAAGCAGCUUGGCAUCAAGGGAGACAAAAUCAAGAGAGAAUUAGUGGAGAGACUGCAGGAGUUGCCAGAAAUUUAUGAUAAGAUAGGCAAAUCUCUAAAACCAGUCCAGCCUGCGAUAGAGCUGUACUCAGCGUUCACCAAGUACAUCCUGGGGGAGCAGGCAUCCGACCUGCUGCCGCUGCUGCAGUAUGUGGUGCUGCAUGGCAACACCACAGUGUACCAGUGGAGCUAUGGGGAGCCUCCGCUCAGCGUGGAGCCUGACCCCAUACACAUUGAGCUGGAGGAGGAGGCUCAGGGGGCCGGAGACCAGAUAGACUUUGGCGACAGCGCGGCCAUAGACUUCGGGUCAGCGGAUGUGUCCGCCGAGAUUGACUUCGGAGACGGCGACGCGGGGGAGAUAGACUGGGGGAACGAGGACGCGGUGCCAGACGUGGACGUGUCGGGCGAGCUGGCGGCGCUGUCCCUGGCCGAGAGCGGCAUCGUGCUGCAGGCGGCGGGCGCGGCGGGCGGCGCGGCGCGCGGCCGGGACGCGCUCGGCGUGCUCGACUGCGCGCGCACGCGCACGCACUUCCUCGACCAGCUGCUGGAGUUGGAGUCGUUCCUCAAGAUGCGGCUGUACGAGACGAACGCCGCGCUGGAGAGCCACUCGUUCUCGCUCAUCGAGCAGCUGCCGGCCGAGAGCGCGGCGGCCCUGCGCGCCAUGCUGGCCGCCGUGCAGGCCGCCGCCGCCGCGCUGCUGGCGCCGGAGAUCGCGCACCUGCACAACGUCAAGCACUCGCCGAGAUACGUGGACGUGUUGAGCGGCCAGCUGCAGCAGAAGCUGGGCGUGUGCGAGAAGGCGGCGCGGCUAGCGGCGCGCGAGGCGGAGCGCGGCGCGGCGGCGGGCGCGCGCGCGGCCGAGCUGCGCCCGUUGCUGGCGCGCCUGCUGCAGCGCACGCAGCAGCUGCAGGCGGACAUCGAGAAAGAAAUCUCCAAGAAGUACAAAGGAAGGCCGGUCAACGUAAUUGGUGGAGUCAAGUUCUUAUAGAACGACUAUAAAUAAUGUGAUAUUUAAAAAAAUAUAAAUAAAUAUUUUUUAUUUUUGUUAGUCGCAGAACAAAAAAUACUAAUUGUGUAAAUAAUAUGUCUGCUAGCUGCUAGCUAACUCCUAACCUCACUUUUUUUAUAAACUGUGAGAAAAAUAUUGAUUUAAAUAUUUUAGUACCUACUAGAUACAAGUCACAAGUCUAGACACAAAUCUGUUGAGACAGAGAUAUCUACCGCCAUUGUGACGACCAUUCUAUGUUAUUGACGGUAUGAAUUCGAUUUCAAUAUAAUGAUAAUAAAGAUAGGUACUGUAUUUUUAACAUGUUUAAAAACAAAAACGCUCAAAUAUGAUAAUUCUAAAGAUGUAUUACUUUAUGUAUUCAGGUACCUACACUGGAUUUAUUUAGUUAAAAGUAUUAUACACUAUACUACUGGUAUUUUUUGUUUUGUUUUUGUAAUAUAUAUAUUUUAGAUA